GCUGCAUCCUUUGACCAUUUACUUUGUUUUAACAGUUGCCGUAUGGCAAAUGGAAAACUUGGGAAGUAUCGAGUCGAAUAGUGGGGAAGAGACGCGAAUGCUUAAACGUCGGACAGAGAGAAAAAGUAGAACGCAAAGCGAGAAUCCUUGACGUGUUAUAGGUUGAGUGGGGAUUGUCGAUCGAAUAAAACGUUUCUCUCCAGCCGUAUGGAUUCGAGUUUGUCGAUACCGAGCAACGGAUACGUUUACCAUAAAGUACACGUCAACAUGAGGUACUCUGUGCUAAUAGGAAUUCUCAGCUGCUGCGUUUGCUUGGCCACAGGAGCUGCGGAUACUCGAACGGAAUUCGAAAAAGCAAAGAUUGUGCCGGACAUCAUAGACGCGUCGCCUACUGAGAAGAUCGAGGUAAAGUAUGGAGAGAAAUCGGCCGAGUUUGGUAACGAGUUUACACCGACGGAGACGCAAAAGAUUCCUGAGAUCCAUUACAAACACGAAGGGGGUGUGCUUUACACGCUGGUGAUGACAGAUCCUGACGUGCCGAUGAGAAAGGGAUACAAUCGUGAAUUCCGGCACUGGCUGGUUGGAAACAUCCCGGAGGAGAACAUCGCGAAAGGAGAGGUACUGGCAGAGUACGUUGGACCGGCACCACCUAAAGGUAGCGGAAAACACCGGUACGUGUUUUUGGUUUACAAGCAAAAUCAAGGAUCAAUCACCUUCGACGAGAGAAGAUUGAGCAACAGAGACGGUCCACAGCGAAGAAGAUUUUCCAUUAAAAAGUUUGCGGAGAAGUAUGAUCUGGAGGGUCCGAUAGCUGGAAACUAUCUGAUGGCCGAAUACGACGAUAACGUGCCGGCGUACUCGAAGCUUUUGGGAUUUUAAACGUUGAGAGGAAAACGGUAUCGAGUCGGUGACACGGUUGCUGCACUCGUCCGACGAGUUACGAACAAAUAAAACAAAUAAAAAGGUUUAAAAGAUCGACGAAUAAAAGAAAAUCGGUCGAUUCGUU